AUGACUCAACGGGGAUCUCUGCGAAAGACAACAGAGGAAUGGCAGGAUGCCUUUUACAGCGUGGAUGAGCGCAACCGUCAGCUACAGAAGAAACUGAAUGAACAGGAACAAGAACUGAAGUUACUACGAGUAGCUCAGAGACGUAAUGAAACACAUAGUCCAUUAACAAACAAUCAUACCGUACGUACCGCUCCUCAAUCCAAUAAACAAAAAACAGAGAAACGAACCUCUACUCCUGCUAUCUCGGCAACAGGAAAGCCUCCACCACCACAUUCACCACCACUAAACGGAUCCAUUCCAGUCUAUACAAGAAGAGAUCAUAACAUCCUUGAUAAUGAUGAGGGAGGAGGAAUGUAUAGUAGUAACAACAACAACUAUAAUAAUAAUAAUAAUAAUGAGGAUGGACGGAAUGUCUGUGUGUCUGCAGUUGCUGCAGCCCCACCGGACCCCAUGAUGGUGUGGGGAAUGGAAAACAGUCUGCAGCACUACGCCACUGCGAAUGCGUUAUUUCACACCAACGAGGAAUUACGCGAGCGCCUCGAUGAUGCUGCGGCGUUAAUUAAAACACACCAACACGAACUCGCCGCCAGUCGUGCGGAAGUCAUGGCGUUGCAGCGCCGACUCGACCACACCGCCGGGGAACUGCAGCAAGUCGUGCGGGACCGCGACGUGCAGGCGGCGCAAACCCGCAGCGCCCAACAGACCGCGCGGGACCUCGAGGCGGCGGUGCGCCAGCGGGACGCGCACUUCACGCAGGAGCGGCUGGCGCUCGAGCGGGAGGUCGCGGAGCUGCGGCGGCGGCUGAACACCGGCGCCGACCACAACACACAACUCGCCGCGGACGUGCAGCAGCUGAUCGCGCAGACACGCAGCGACCACGCCGCGCUGCAGCAACUGCGGGCCAAACUCACCACCGCAGAGGCCGCCCUCGCCUCGCAGCGGCGCAGCAACGAGGGACUGCUGGUGGAGCUGCGCGGCGCCCACACACAACUCGCACGGGAGCGGCGGCGGCUGUUGGAUGUGACGCGACAGGCACAACUCGCAGAACUCCGCGCGGAAGAUGUGGCGCAAUGCGAGGAACAACUCGCCGCCGCACGAGAGGGACGGGCACAGUUGGAAGUGCAGAUGGAACAACAACUGCAAUUGCAGCACGCCGCCCUCGCCAAGCAGGCGGAAUUGCAACACAAAGCCCUACGCGAGGAUCUCGCAGAGUCGCGAAAGAACGCGGCACAUUGGGAGGAAGUCGCCCAAUUACUUUAUCGUGAUAUAGCCCAACGCACACAAGCCCAUGUGAGUUGUCGUGAGGCCUGUGAAGAGGCAAAGCGACUGCGGGAUGAGACGGCACUCGCACUUCGACAAACAACCGAUGAACUCCGACUUUGUCGGGCCAAGUUAGAUGUGGUGUGGCCAACACACCGUGAGGAUACACGGGACUUGUCACCCGCAGAGAUUCUCGCCACAUUUGGAAAUUACCGGGCAACAUUUAAACAGAAACGAACCCAACAACAACAACAACAACAACCGAAGGAAUUAGAAUUAUGGAAGCAUGAGAAAUUAUUUGAAAACACACCAACUGGAGUUACCGCUCCCCGCAAAAGUGAUGAUCAUCAUAAUGAUAAUGAUGAUAAUAUGCAUAACGGUUUAGAUUUCACGGUAGAGUUGUGUGAUGCGCCGCUAGAGGAACAAGUGCGUGAACUGCAGAUGGCGAAUGCAGCGCUGGUGGCAGAACUCGAACAACUACGACUCACAAAUGAAUUGCAGGUGGAACGACUACGGAUGAUGGAAACACAUGUGCGGCGUGAGCGAGAAACAGUAGAGGCCUCUACAGCCGCAUUAGAACAUCGCGAAGAGGCAGCACAACAAAUGCUACAAUCACAAAUAGAUCGAGUGGCAUUUCUGGAAGCUCAAGUCCGUUCACUUCGUGGUUAUGAAGUCUCACCGGAUCUCUCACUUCAUGAACUUGGGGAUGGGGAGACGGUGUUUGAACUCUUUUUAGGUCAAAUAUUAUCUACAGAGACACCAGAAGGUAUAAAGUUACGUAAUGCCUUUUAUCCAGUUUUCUGUUCUGUAGACUUUCUCCUUCACGAGACGGUAACGACACCAAUAGUGACAGGUUUGAAUGCCUUCCUUGAUACCACCGUCUCCUUCCGAGUGGCGAUGGAUGCUUUACUGCAGUGUUAUCUUCAAUCACGCAAGUUGUUAAUUCAACUCCAUCGUGUGCGUUCACAGGAUGAAAUUCAUGAAAUGACCUUCUCUACACAUAAUGAUAUGGAAACAACAGAAACAGAUGCGGUGGCGGUAGCGGCAGCAGAACGUCUUUUCGCUGAACGUCUCUGUGCAACGCUGGCGGAGGGUUCCGUUAGUCUUUGGGCACUUGUGGGAGAUGAAAAGUGUCGAAAUGCCCAACGACCAACACUACGAGGACAUAUUCCAUUAUAUACAAAUAACGGACAUCACAUUGCAUCUGUGGAAUUUUCCGUUACCGUGCGAACACCGUUUAGUGAGUCCUUCCGUAUGUUAGCAGCAGAAGCGGCAAAACAUUCAGGGGACUUGUUAACAAGCAUUACAGAUACAAGUAGAAGAACCUCUAUGGGUGCUAUUAUGAAUACGAAUUCUGCUAAUCCUAAUCCUGUUAUUACUACUAGUACUACUACAACAACUACUACUAGUAAUCCUACUACUAUUAAUAUGACACGUGGGUUUGCUACCGGAGAUAUGGUGACACCCUCACAAGUAAGAAGAAACACAGAAGCAGGAAAAGGAACAGGAGCAGAAGCAGCAGCCGUAGUAUCAUUUACAACUCCGCAAGUAAAAAUAAAUUCACCAGGUUCCAUGAAUACUCUCUUAGGUGAUGGAAAGAUACAGUUAGUACCCACUCCUCACCACUGUGAAGCCUUUGAAUGUGUCUCUACGACAUCCUCUUCUACAUCUCUAUUGGAGUCAAGACAUCAAGAACGACCUUCUGGUUUUACACUUGUGCCCCGUACAGCUGCUGUUGCCAGCGUCUCUUCCUCUUCUUCUUCCACUAUUCGUAUGUUGAUUGUAGAUGUAUGUAAAUUACAUUUACCUUCUGAUUUAACACCUGUUCCACGUCUCUCUUGUUAUUAUUCACUUAUUCCACUUGGUAGAGAUGUGUAUCUUCCAGCUCCUCCAACUCCACGAUAUGAUUGUGAGUACUUGCAGGAAGGUGGUAGUGGCGGCACACGCUUUCCAAUUGCUUCUGUGCGAGAAUUACUCGCCGUAACGCGUGAACCUUUUAUGUUAUUUUUCUUUGAUGAAUCAUCCUCUACUUUCAAUAAUGCUGCUGCUGCUGCUGCCAAUAGUAGUAGUAAUAGUAAUAGUAAUAUGCAAAAGAAACAUACAGAAGGACCGUAUUGGGCAUUAGCAAUGGCUGAGUGGAGAUUGGCACUUGAGCGUCCAGAGGAGUACGUUACAUUAGAGCUUUCAUUAAUGAAUCAACAAGGAUGUCCUGUUCGUGGGGCAUUUGUGCGUGUGCGAUUACUAGCCACAAGUAAAGUUGAAAAUAAAGAGUUGGGGUUAACGAGUGCUCUUGAGAUGUCUCGUAUAAAUAGUAAUAACACUAGUAAUAUGCAGGAACCACCCAAAUAUCAGCAGAAAGAAAUGACUUCUCUUCCUACUAAUACUACUAGUACUACACCUCCUGGGUUUAGCAAUAGACACAGCCGUGGUGGUGAUGAUGCUGGUGGUCUUUCUCGUUUUAAUCCUCCUCCACCGUUUUCUCCUUCUUCUGCAUUAUUUGGAAAUCGCUCUACUCAUGAUAUGACAAACACAAGCAUAACAACAAUACCCCGAUCCCCACAAGAAGGAGGAAGAGGAGGAAGAAGAAGUAGUGGUGAUAAUAAUGAAGAUUCUAUCGAGCUGGAGAUGUUGCGGCGACAGUUAGACCAUUAG